AUGGGAGACAAAGGGCUUAGGGUCAGCUACGGGAAGUAUGUUUAUGAGCAUGUGCCCGGAUGGGGCAGCCUGCCGGACGGCUGGGAGUGGAACCAUGCCGUUGGCGUUGCGGUGGACGGGCAGGACCGAAUUUUCGUGUAUAACCGCAGCGCGCAUCCGAUAAUCGUGCUGGACACGGACGGCAACAUGAUCAAUCACUGGGGCGAGGGGCUGUUCGGCUCGGCGCACCACAUCGAGGCGGGGCCCGACGGCAGCCUCUAUACGACCGACAUUGGCGACCACACGGUGCGAAAGUGGACGGCAGAGGGCGAGCUGCUGAUGAUGCUGGGCACGCCGAACGAUCCGCCAGAGAUGUUCAGUGGCGAGCCAUUCAAUCGGCCGACGGACAUUGCUAUAGCGGGGGACGGCUCGCUGUACAUAUCCGACGGCUAUGGCAACGCGCGGAUCCACCACUUUCACGGCGACGGGCGAGCUGAUAAAGUAUUCACGCCGGACGGACAGUACCUGAGCGAGUGGGGCGGCGUUCACAGGCCGGACCACAUCGUGCAGGGGCCUGACGGCAAUAUGUUCGUUACGGAUCUGGGCUUCCACCAGGGGCUUGGUCCGGACCAGCCCAGUCCGAAUGCGCUGUCGCAUCCGGCGGGGGUGAAGAUUCUGACGCCGACGGGCCAGUGGCUCGGCGGCUGGGGCAUGAGCUCGGAUACGCCGGGCGACAUUAUCGCUGGGCAUGCGGUUGCGAUGGACUCGAAUGGCGACCUGUAUGUGGGCGAGACGCUGGACGGCGCGAGGGUGCAGAAGUUCGCGCGGGUUGCAUAG